AAAGAAUUUUAGUUAAAUGCAGUACAUUAUUGACGCAAAUACUUUAACACAUGUGUUUUCUUUUUGUUUUAGUUCUGGUUUUAUGAUAUCUGAUGGUCAACUAUGAACGCCAAUGAAGCCUCAUCAUUCUCCUCAUACAGAACACGCUUUGUGCACGCCUCUGCGAGUGACAUAACUCAGAGGUUGGGUUUCCAAGAUUCAGAUUCAUUGCUUGACGUGUGCUGUGGAUCAGGGGAGUUAACAAAGCUGGUUACCGUAACUGCUAAGAUAAAGUCUACUACAGCAAUCGACAUCAACCCGAAUAUGAUAGAUAUCGCGAAAUCUACAAACAACGCUGACAAUAUUACAUAUCUUGUGGGUGAUGUCGGAGCCUCUGAGACAUUCAAGUCAGAAUGGAGAAACUCUUUCGACAAAGUGAUGGCUUAUUUUGCCUUGAACUGGAUUCCUAACUGGUUUGAUACCGGAUUCCAGUAUAAGCACUACCCAAUAAGAGGGAAUAAGGACGAUUUUGCUGCAAUUCUCAGAAACGCUGGUUUUGUUGAUGUAAAAGUGGAAGUAGAUAAGACGUCCUUCUACACAUUUGAAAAUGCGUUGCAGACAAAGGCUUUCAUUAAAGGUUUUCUGACCCAGCUAGAGUGUAUACCUGAGGACCUCAAAGUCGAAUUCUUGGAAGAUGUUUUACUCCAAGCCGAGUCGAAUUGUGAGAAGACUAAAGAUGGGCGAGCAAAAUGGAUGUUCCAGACUGUAAUUGCUGUUGUUAGAAAAGAGUCAACGUAA